GAAGGACUUUCAGAGGAAAAACACGAGCAGAGAACUUACAGCUAUUUAGUUAGCUAACCUAGCUUAACUACAUUCUUACUGUUAAUACAGAGUACAGGGGACUGUUCAGCAGUCUCUUUCUAAAACUACAGGCUUUAGAGAUUUUACAUAUUUAACUACACCAGUCUAAUCUAAACUGGAUUAUACAGUAUUCUUCAGAAAGCAGCAUGCUGAACCCUGCGAACGGGGAGUCUGUGCACGUUGUCACCAAGUAUGUAGAGGAGUAUCUGGACCUGGUGGAGUCUUUACCGCUGGACCUCCAGAGAUGUGUUUCACUGAUGAGGGAAAUAGACGGGAAAUAUCAAGAGGUCCUGAAGGAGCUCAGUGAUUUUUAUGAGCGACACCAGCAAGGGUCAGACCCCGUUGUGAAGCGCCGUCUCCUUCACUGCAUACAGCGCUCCCUGAUCCGCGCUCAAGAGCUCGGAGAUGAGAAGAUCCAGAUCGCUGGUCAGAUGGUGGAGCUGGUGGAGAAUCGGAGUCGGCAGUUUGAGUGGCAGGUGGAGCUUUUCCAGGCCUGCCAGAGCAUACCAGAUAGCACCGUGUCCGUGGGCAGCACUUCUUCUCCUGCAUUAACCACAGUGACUGUCACGCCUCUGUCCACUCCACUGCUGUCAGUAAGCAAACCAAGCAUAGACAGAAAGCGAGAGGAGACACCAGGGUCGGUGGAGAAGUCUGGGGCGAAGCGAGCGCGAAGGCAAAAGAGUGGCUCAGAGAACCGGGACAACACUAACUACAGCUUGGACCUCAGUGAAGAGGUCAGUGUGGGGACACCAAAAGAGAAGAAGCCCAAGAUAUCAGCAGCGACAUCGGCGAAAAAGAGGAAGAGGACAAAAUCCAAGCAGGAGAGAGAAGCAUCACCAACUGACCUGCCCAUCGACCCUAACGAGCCCACCUACUGUCUGUGUGAGCAGGUGUCUUAUGGAGAGAUGAUCUGCUGCGAUAACGAUAAGUGCCCCAUCGAAUGGUUUCACUUUUCCUGCGUUGGCCUUCACCACAAGCCUAAGGGAAAAUGGUACUGUCCAAAGUGCAGAGGAGAGAACGAGAAGACCAUGGACAAAGCCUUAGAGAGGUCCAGAAAAGAGAGGGUGUACAAUAGGUAGCCUCAUACCUAGUGCCCAUCUUUGUACUUAACCUGUACUCAACACUCUUUAUACCAGCAUUUCCUUACCCAGUCUUUGGAAAUCAUCAGCGAUACAACAACAUUCUUGCUCUUUGCUGCUCUCAACCUACACUAUAUGGACAAAAGUAUUGGUACAGCUGCGUAUUUACCUUUAAAAUCAGGUGUUUGGAAUCAAAAAUUAAAGUUAAUUUUGCUUUUGUUGAA